AUUCCACUUAAUCUGGCAAUGUAAACAAAUGUUUCCAAUGCCAAUAAAGCCCUGUAAAGGUAAUUGUACUGUUACCACCAAUUUUACAGGAGAGUAGCUAUGUUUCUCUUGUCUCUCAUUGUGUUAUUCUUUCUAAUAGUUGAGCGUUGUGCCACACACACAUCUUUUGUCAUGCCAAUAAAAGACAGAAAGAAAUGUAGAGGUUGUGUCCUGAAAUAUUUCAGACUCUACAGUCACGAGGGCCUGAUCAGCCGCUUGCCCUGUAAUUGGGUUCACAUGAGCAAGCUGGUGCGCUUUCAGUUACAAUAUGCAAGAGCCUAGUCUUAGAUUUCUACGUCUCCUUCUUUUCUUGAUCUCUCCCUUCAAUUCUUCCUUUCUUGCUUUCACUCCCUCUCUCUCCCCCUCUCCUUUAUUGUCAGUCAUCUUUGCUACCUUGUUGAGACAAACUAUUCACUCAACACCCAGCAUAGGUCCAGACUGGAGCCAUGGCUCCAGAGAAGAAAAACAAUGGUCUUGAUAACUAUGCAUUUGCUGUUGAUGUCCGCUUCUGUGACGGGGAGGGAUCUGACCUAACUGAGGAGGAUGACAAGAAUAAACUGGCUUACUGUGUUACGGAUGUCCCCCCCUGGUACCUGUGUGUCAUCCUGGGUAUCCAGCAUUGCCUGACAGCGUUUGGCGGGAUAAUCGCCAUCCCCCUGAUUCUGUCACAGGGUCUGUGUCUGCAGCACGACGGCUUGACUCAGGGUCACCUCAUAAGCACCAUCUUCUUUGUGUCAGGCGUGUGCACCUUGCUGCAGGUCACCUUUGGAAUCAGACUGCCCAUUAUUCAGGGGGGUACCUUCACCUUGCUGGCCCCCUCCAUGGCCAUGCUUUCGAUGCCGGAGUGGAGGUGCCCUGCCUGGACCCAGAACUCCUCGCUGGUCAACGCCACCUCUCCGGAGUACAUAGAAGUCUGGCAGAGCCGCAUGCGAGCGCUGCAGGGCUCCAUCAUGGUAGGAUCCUUGUUCCAGGUUCUGGUGGGGUUCUCUGGCCUCAUCGGCCUGUUCAUGCGCUUCAUCGGCCCGCUCACCAUCGCCCCCACCAUCUCUCUGAUUGGCCUGUCCCUCUACGACUCGGCUGGAAGGAGCGCGGGGAACCACUGGGGCAUAUCUGCCAUGACGACUGCUCUGAUCAUCCUCUUCUCCCAGUACCUCAGACACAUCCCUAUUCCAUUCCCCACAUACAGCAGGAGCAAUAAACUCCACACCUCCAGGAUCUACAUCUUCCAGAUUCUACCUGUACUGCUUGGCAUCACACUUUCAUGGCUGAUGUGCUACAUCUUUACCGUCUUUAAUGUCCUGCCCACACAGCCGGACCAGUACGGCUACCUGGCUCGCACGGACCUGAAGGGGGAUGUCAUAGACCGUGCACCCUGGUUCAGAUUUCCAUACCCAGGUCAGUGGGGCUUACCAACUGUGAGCCUGGCAGGAGUGGUUGGGAUCUUGGCUGGGGUGAUAUCCUCCAUGAUAGAGUCAGUGGGUGACUACCACGCAUGUGCCAGGCUGUCAGGGGCCCCUCCUCCCCCCAAGCAUGCCAUCAACAGGGGCAUUGGCAUCGAGGGCCUGGGCUGUCUGCUGGCUGGGGCAUGGGGCACAGGCAAUGGAACCACCUCCUAUAGUGAAAAUGUGGGAGCAUUGGGCAUUACCAAGGUGGGCAGUCGAAUGGUGAUUAUUGUGGGUGGAGUCUUAAUGAUCAUCAUGGGACUCUUUGGUAAAAUUGGGGCCAUUUUCACCACCAUCCCCACACCUGUUGUCGGUGGAAUGUUCUUGGUCAUGUUCGGGGUCAUAUCUGCUGCUGGAGUUGCAAAUCUGCAGUAUGCAGACAUGAACUCCUCCCGGAACAUCUUUAUCUUUGGAUUUUCCAUGUUUUCUGGGCUAGUUAUACCAAACUGGCUAUUGAAGAACCCAGAUGCCAUUUCAACAGGUGUAGUGGAGUUGGACCAAUUGCUUCAGGUGCUUCUGACAACCAGCAUGUUCAUUGGAGGCUUUUUUGGGUUCUUCCUUGAUAACACCAUUCCUGGAACCAAACGGGAGCGAGGCCUCUUAGCCUGGAACAAGAUCCACCAGGAUGACUGCAGCAACACCUUGGAGAGCAGUGAUGUAUACAACCUCCCAUUUGGAAUCAGCUCCUGCCUCUCCUCCUACUCCUGGGUUCAAUAUUUGCCAUUCCUCUCACCAAAUGCAACCGGCUCACAGGUGGAGACUGAGAGGGAGGAGACGAAGAAGCAGCCUGGGAAGCCAGAGCCCGCAAGGAUAAUCGGAUCAGUGGCCCUAUGAACGCCGGGCCGGCCCAGACACUAGAACAACAGUUACAACAACUGCAAAAACAGUUCUUGUUACAAUGACUUCCUGUCCUGCUCAAAAAACACUGUAAAGGUGCGACAUCCAUAUUAGUUUAAGUUACUUAUUGGCCAGCAUUAGAAUUAAUUAGAAUUAAAAUAAGAGUACCAUUAUUUUUCUUGUGAGGUUAUUUCUUUUUGGAGUGGUUCGGGAAAAUGAAUAAAUAUCUUACAUGGUAGGUGGAUUAGGCUACUCACCGUAGAUCCAGCAGUAACACACUGAAGUCACUCGCAGCUUCAUUGCAUGUUGGUACCAAAAACGAUAUUCAUUUUCAAUGUAACGUUGCAUUUGCAUACAAUUUUGUAGAAUGUCGCUGUAUGAGUGACUGAACUGAGCUACGUGUGUUACAGAGGACAGAACACAGACAACACAACUUAAAAAUAAUGGGCCCUGUUUUCCGUGCAGCCGGCUGUUAUCUUCAGUCUUUGAGGGUGAGCGGCUGGAUAGGGUUGGGCAGUGCGUUGUGUAGGUAGACUACAGGCACUGGCUAGCAUAAGGCACUAGCUAUCAUAAGGCACUGGCUAGCAUAAGGCACUGGCUAGCAUAAGCAGCAGGUUGGCAAGCUGGUUAAGUUCACGGAGACUUCUGUUUUUCUGUUCUACCUCAUCUUUAAGUGCACCAUAUUCAGACACCUGUUGUCUAAAUAAGUCCCUCAUUAGAGGGUUCCAACAAAAAAAACGGAGUAGAACUGACCUCGAGGUCCAGAGCUGAAUCUGAAGGAUCUAGAGGGAUCAGGAAUAAGUCUCUGGAGCCAGGUUUGGUUUCCACCAAUGGUCAAAUUUGAAAGUAAACAAUCUAUAGCGAAAUGGAAAUAAAACUUCAAAAGGCACAUUUCCAUGUCCAUUAUUGUGCUGCAGCUGAUGAGUAUGUGCAGACAGUGGCUGUGUUUGGUGCUUACUUAAAGACUAAAUAUAAAGCUGAAAGAGCUGCAAUUGAAAUGUAUGUUCUGCCCUCUCCAUUGAGUCAACCAAUCACAUUCAUUUCUGUCUUAAAGGCAGAUUUGCUUAAAAAAAAGCCUGAGUAAAUGAAACUUACUUUGCAUUUUGUCGAUGUGAACGUUUUGUGUUAAACCUUUUAAAAUGUUGUAAUUUUUGCAUAUUAAUUAUUACAUUUGCUGUAUUUCUUGAUAACACACUGUAAACAAAUUGUUCAUGCAUUAUACUGUCAAAUAAUGUAUUUAUUUCUCAAAAUUACAUUUGUUCAGGGAACUAUAAAUAAACAUUUCAAAGACAUGCACAGUACAAAUGCAUAUCUAAGAUGGCAAUAUAAAUAAAUUGUAUCUUGGAAAAUGUCAUUAUGAAUCCAAUAAAUAAUACUCAAGGGUUAUC